AUGCAGCAUCCGGCGCAGCAUCAGCCACAAGGUCCUUCGCCUGCUCAGCUGCAGCACCACUCGCGACCCUCGAGCGUCGUCCACCAGCAGCACCACGCUCAGGCAGCUCACCCGCCUCCGCCCGUGGCCGCGUCGCAGCCUCACCACGCGCAGCAGCAGCAGCAUCCUCACCACGCCCAGCCAGCAGCGGCUCAGCAUUCUCACCAGGGCGGAUACUCCUCUUCGACCAGUCACUCGCUUGCCCAACCGUACCAGCCUCACACCAACGGCCAGCACGCCCACCACGCCCACCACGCCCACCACGCCCACCACGCCCAAGACGCCACCGUUCCCUCCUACUACGGCCACCACAGCUCCUACAACACCCCGAGCGCGAACAGCGGAUACGCUUCCGCAGACACCUCCGAGAUGAUGGCCGCAGCACAGAUGCCGCGCCCUCCCUACCCGCCCAUGUCGUACCACACGCCGCAGAGCAACUCGCCUGCCUCGGUGCCCUCGCCCUCGCAGCAUGACCAGCACCGAAGCAUCUACGGCCAGCCACCGUCGCAACACAUGCAGCAGUCCAUGUACUACCCCCACCAGCCUCAGUACCAGUCUAUGCCACCGCAACCGAGCGCCUCGCCGUACGCCCAACAUGCGCAGCACCCGCAGCAGCCCAUGACGUCGCAACCGAACAUGAUGAUGUCGCAUCCUGCUCCUCACAACCCCAUGAGCCAGCAUGCGCCUCAGCACGCUCAGCACCCGCAGCAGCAGCACCCGCAACAUCCCCAGCACCCGCAGCAUACUCAGCAGCAGGCCAUGACCCACAGCCCCCGGCCCAAGAUCGAGCCGCAGGUGCCUCUACAGCUGCACAAGCCGCAGUCCUCCCCCAUGCCUCAGCAUCACCACCCCCAGAACGGGCAGCAGCAGGGGCAGCUCCAGAGCCCGGGCGGUGGCGCGGCGGGCGUCAACCCCAACGCGGCGCCGGGUCCCAUCCCGGCCACGACGCCUCCCGUCGUCAGGCAAGACGGCAACGGGGUGCAAUGGAUUGCGUUCGAGUACUCGCGAGAUCGGGUUAAGAUGGAGUACACAAUCAGGUGCGACGUCGAGUCGGUGGACACGGAGAGCCUGUCACCCGAGUUCAAGCAGGAGAACUGCGUCUACCCGCGCGCCUGCUGCCCCAAGGACCAGUACCGCGGAAACCGCUUGAUGUACGAGACGGACUGCAACCGCGUGGGAUGGGCGUUGGCCCAUCUCAACAUGCCCCUGCGGGGCAAGCGAGGUCUGAUCCAGAGAGCCGUCGACAGCUGGCGGAACAGCAACUCGGACCCCCGGCUACGGAGUCGCAGGGUGCGCCGCAUGGCCAAGAUGAACACGCGCAAGUCCGUUGCGUCGUCACCGCACCCCGCGUCCGCAUCCAUGACCACGGUGCCCGGCGGCCAGCCAGGGAUGCCCGCCGGACCCGGACCCAUGGCGUCGUCGACCGGAAACCCCAUGGGCAAGCCCAGCCUGGCUGGCAUGGGUCAGCAACCCAUGCACCACCACCACCACCCGGGAAGCCACCACGACGGUGCCCAGGGCGGGGCCGAUGAAGUUGGAGAGGGACACUCUUAUGAUCAUCACCAGGCUCAACAAGCUCAUCACCACAACCACCAUCACGCCGCGCCCCCGACCCACGGUCAGCAUGGUAGUGCCGACGACGUGAGACAGGCGCAGGUCUUCACCGGCUACGCCAGCCAGGGCUAUCCUGCUAGCGGCCCCGGAGGCUCCAUGUCUCACAUGGCACCACAUUCCAGCGCCGCGGUCCCGGCGCGCCGUCACGAGCGAGCCGCUGCCGACGACCAGGGUGGCUUGUUCCCCGACGUCCCAGAGGCGAGGAAGCGCAAGUUCAUCCUCGUCGAGGACAAUGUGCGCGGCUCGCGGCUGCGCGUGCGCGUCACCCUCGACGGCGUCGACACUAACGAGAUCCCCGACAGCUUCCGCAAGAGCGGCAGCGUCUUCCCACGUAGCUAUUUCCCCCGCGAGAUGCAAAGCCCGCCGCCCAGCGCCACGGGCUCGCACUUCUUCCCCGAGGACGUCGAGGACGACGGCAUCCAGGAGACGGAGGGCCGCCAGGUCGGUCGUCCGGGUCGCACGCGCAUGGUCAAGGUGCCCAUGGGCAGCGACCGCGACGGCAGCGAGGUGGCGAUUCCUCGGACGCGACGCACCACCCGCGCGCAGGAGACGAAGCUGAACGAUCUCGGUUACCGCAUGGCAUGGCUCCAGAGCCGCGUCUUCUCCGGACGGACCAUCUUCCUCCAGCGGGCGCUCGACUGCUACCGCAACAAGACGCGCACGGCGAUCGAGGGUGCGCAGGCUGAUGUGCGGGCUGUCGCACCGCACUACGAGACCCGUCGGGGCCGGCGGCACUGGGCUGAGCGUGGGAGCCGCCGCGAGAAGAGGGACGACUGA